UGAGAAAACAUCUUAGCUUGGGGGAGUCUGUCAACUGCCGGCAAAGGCGUAUCAGAAGCAUAUGAUCUCAAAAUGGCUGGAAAAUCUUCUGAGCGAAGACUCUCCCAGCCUGGGAUGGUGUCGAGGCGUUCUGCUCCUUACGGCAGGCAUCCCUGAUGCCCUUGUGGGGUAACGUAAAAAGAAGCUUGCAAAGGAUCCGUCAAGAUGGUUGCUUUAUCGUUAAAGAUCUGCGUCCGCCAGUGCAAUGUGGUCAAGACCAUGCAGUUUGAGCCCUCCACGGCAGUGUAUGACGCGUGUCGGGUCAUACGCGAGCGGGUGCCGGAGGCGCAGACGGGACAAGCCUCUGAUUAUGGGCUGUUUCUCUCCGACGAAGAUCCGCGGAAAGGCAUAUGGUUGGAAGCUGGAAGAACCUUGGAUUACUACAUGCUGAGAAAUGGGGAUGUUUUGGAGUACAAAAAGAAACAGAGGCCGCAGAAAAUACGGAUGUUGGAUGGGUCAGUGAAGACGGUGAUGGUGGAUGACUCGAAAACUGUCGGGGAGCUGCUAGUGACAAUUUGCAGCCGGAUAGGGAUAACCAAUUAUGAAGAGUACUCCUUAAUCCAGGAGAGCAGUGAAGAGAAGAAGGAAGAAGGCACGGGGACGCUGAAGAAAGACCGGACGCUGCUACGCGAUGAGAAGAAAAUGGAGAAGCUGAAGGCAAAGCUGCACACGGACGAUGAUUUGAACUGGUUAGAUCAUAGUCGGACCUUCCGAGAGCAAGGAGUGGAUGAGAGUGAAACGCUCCUACUGAGGCGCAAGUUCUUCUAUUCGGACCAGAACGUCGAUUCCAGAGACCCCGUUCAGCUCAACUUGCUUUAUGUUCAGGCUCGUGACGACAUUCUCAAUGGCUCCCAUCCCGUAUCCUUCGAGAAGGCGUGUGAAUUUGGGGGCUUCCAAGCCCAGAUCCAGUUUGGACCUCACGUUGAACACAAGCACAAGCCGGGAUUUUUAGAUCUAAAAGAAUUCCUUCCUAAAGAAUAUAUCAAGCAAAGAGGAGCUGAAAAGAGGAUAUUUCAGGAGCAUAAAAACUGUGGAGAGAUGACCGAGAUAGAAGCCAAGGUGAAGUACGUGAAGCUGGCGCGUUCGCUGCGGACCUACGGGGUCUCCUUUUUCCUUGUUAAGGAGAAGAUGAAGGGCAAGAACAAGCUGGUCCCUCGCCUGUUGGGCAUCACCAAGGAGUCCGUGAUGCGCGUGGAUGAAAGGACCAAGGAAGUGCUGCAGGAAUGGCCGCUGACGACCGUCAAACGCUGGGCGGCUUCACCCAAAAGCUUCACUCUGGAUUUUGGCGAGUAUCAGGAAAGCUACUACUCGGUGCAGACCACAGAAGGCGAGCAGAUCUCUCAGUUAAUUGCCGGAUACAUCGAUAUCAUCCUGAAGAAGAAGCAAAGCAAGGACCGAUUCGGCCUUGAGGGUGACGAGGAAUCCACCAUGUUGGAAGAAUCCGUAUCGCCUAAAAAAUCGACUAUCUUGCAGCAGCAGUUCAACCGAACGGGGAAGGUGGAGCAUGGCUCUGUGGCGCUGCCGGCAGUCAUGCGUUCAGGCUCCACUGGGCCGGAGACCUUCAAUGUAGGCAGCAUGCCUUCGCCCCAACAACAGGUCACUGUCGGGCAAAUGCACAGGGGACAUAUGCCCCCCUUGACCUCUGCGCAGCAGGCCUUGAUGGGGACCAUUAACACAAGCAUGCACGCGGUUCAGCAGGUGCAAGCGGACCUCACGGAAGUGGACAACCUCCCGCCUCUUGGAAAUGACAUGGCAUCCAGGGUUUGGGUUCAGAACAAAGUCGAUGAGUCGAAACAUGAAAUUCACUCUCAGGUUGAUGCCAUCACGGCAGGAACCGCUUCUGUGGUGAACUUGACGGCAGGUGACCCCGUGGACACGGACUACACGGCAGUGGGCUGCGCCAUCACGACCAUCUCUUCAAACCUCACGGAAAUGUCCAGAGGGGUGAAACUUCUGGCCGCCCUUAUGGACGAUGAGGUCGGCAGUGGAGAGGACCUGCUGAAAGCCGCUCGGACCCUGGCAGGGGCCGUGUCAGACCUGCUGAAAGCUGUGGAGCCGACCUCAGGAGAGCCUCGCCAGACGGUCUUGACUGCAGCAGGGAGCAUCGGACAGGCCAGCGGGGAACUCCUCCGGCAGAUUGGGGAGAACGAAACAGAUGAGCGGUUCCAGGAUGUGCUGAUGAGUCUUGCCAAAGCCGUGGCCAAUGCUGCAGCCAUGCUGGUGCUGAAGGCCAAGAACGUGGCUCAGGUGGCCGAGGACAUGGUUCUGCAGAACAGAGUGAUUGCUGCUGCGACCCAGUGCGCGCUCUCCACCUCUCAGCUGGUUGCCUGUGCAAAGGUGGUCAGCCCGACCAUCAGCUCCCCGGUGUGUCAGGAGCAGCUGAUAGAAGCCGGGAAGCUGGUGGACCGUUCUGUCGAGAACUGCGUCCGGGCGUGCCAAGCCGCCACGGAUGACACGGAGCUGCUCAAGCAGGUCAGUGCGGCCGCCAGUGUGGUCAGCCAGGCCCUGAGUGAUCUCCUGCAGCAUGUCCGGCAGUUUGCUAGCAGGGGGGAGCCCAUCGGCCGCUACGACCAGGCCACGGACACCAUCAUGUGCGUCACCGAGAGCAUCUUCAGUUCCAUGGGGGAUGCUGGUGAAAUGGUACGGCAGGCCAGGGUCCUUGCGCAAGCCACCUCGGAUCUCGUGAACGCCAUGAGGUCGGAUGCGGAGGCGGAAAUUGACAUGGACAAUUCCAAGAAGCUUCUGGCUGCUGCUAAACUUCUGGCCGAUUCUACAGCCCGGAUGGUUGAAGCGGCAAAGGGGGCUGCAGCCCACCCUGAAAACGAAGAUCAGCAGCAGAGGCUCCGGGAAGCAGCGGAAGGCCUGCGGGUGGCCACCAAUGCAGCCGCCCAGAACGCCAUUAAGAAGAAAAUUGUCAACAGAUUAGAGGUUGCUGCAAAGCAGGCUGCGGCAGCGGCAACUCAGACCAUUGCAGCUUCUCAGAACGCAGCGAUUUCAAACAAGAACACGGCGUCUCACCAGCAGCUGGUCCAGAGCUGCAAGCAUGUUGCAGAUCACAUUCCCCAGCUUGUCCAGGGCGUGAGAGGGAGCCAAGCCCAGGCCGAGGAUCUGAGCGCUCAGCUUGCCUUGAUAAACUCCAGCCAGAAUUUCCUCCAGCCGGGAAGCAAAAUGGUGGCCUCAGCUAAGGCAGCGGUCCCAACGGUGGCUGAUCAGGCGGCGGCCAUGCAGCUAAGCCAGUGUGCCAAGAACUUGGCCACCAGCCUUGCGGAGCUGCGAACGGCCUCCCAGAAGGCGCACGAGGCAUGCGGUCCCAUGGAAAUAGACUCCGCCCUAAACACAGUCCAGACACUCAAAAACGAACUGCAAGAUGCAAAGAUGGCGGCUCUCGAUGGACAGUUGAAACCGCUCCCGGGAGAAACGCUUGAAAAGUGUGCUCAGGACCUGGGGAGCACCUCCAAAGCCGUUGGCUCCUCCAUGGCCCAGCUGCUGACUUGCGCGGCGCAAGGCAACGAGCAUUACACAGGGGUUGCUGCCAGAGAGACGGCUCAGGCUUUAAAGACUUUGGCCCAAGCGGCCAGAGGCGUUGCGGCAUCUACCAGCGACCCGGCAGCGGCUCAUGCCAUGUUGGACUCAGCCAGGGAUGUCAUGGAGGGUUCGGCGAUGCUCAUCCAAGAAGCCAAACAGGCCCUGGUGGCUCCGGGGGAUGCCGAGAGCCAGCAGAGGUUGGCACAGGUGGCCAAGGCUGUCUCCCAUUCUCUGAACAACUGUGUGAACUGCCUGCCUGGCCAAAAGGACGUUGACGUGGCCUUGAAGAGCAUUGGUGAAUCUAGCAAGAAGUUGCUGGUGGAGUCGCUGCCUCCCAGUUCGAAAUCAUUCCAAGAGGCUCAGAGUGAGCUGAACCAGGCAGCUGCUGACCUGAACCAGUCGGCCGGAGAGGUGGUCCAUGCCACGCGGGGCCAGAGCGGAGAGUUGGCAGCAGCCUCCGGGAAGUUCAGCGAGGAUUUUGAUGAGUUCCUCGAUGCUGGUAUCGAAAUGGCUGGGCAAGCUCAGACUAAAGAGGACCAGAUUCAAGUCAUCGGGAACCUGAAGAAUAUUUCUAUGGCUUCCAGCAAGCUGCUCUUGGCUGCCAAGUCUUUGUCCGUAGAUCCAGGCGCGCCCAACGCCAAGAACCUCCUUGCCGCAGCUGCACGGGCUGUGACCGAGAGCAUAAACCAGCUUAUCACCCUGUGCACCCAGCAAGCUCCGGGGCAGAAGGAAUGCGACAACGCUCUCCGGGAACUGGAGACAGUCAAAGGGAUGCUGGAAAACCCCAACGAGCCUGUGAGCGACCUCUCGUACUUUGACUGCAUCGAAGGUGUUAUGGAGAACUCAAAGGUGCUAGGAGAGGCGAUGGCGGGGAUUUCUCAGAACGCCAAGACGGGAGACCUGCCUGUCUUCGGCGAAUGUGUCGGGGUGGCUUCCAAGGCUCUUUGUGGUCUCACUGAAGCAGCGGCUCAGGCUGCUUACCUGGUGGGAAUCUCCGAUCCAAACAGCCAGGCCGGCCAGCAGGGCCUUGUGGAUCCAAUCCAGUUUGCCAGGGCCAACCAAGCUAUCCAAAUGGCAUGUCAGAACUUGGUGGACCCAGCAAGUAGCCCAUCCCAGGUUUUAUCCGCCGCAACCAUUGUGGCAAAGCACACUUCCGCACUGUGCAAUGCGUGCCGAAUCGCAUCCUCGAAGACGGCCAACCCCGUUGCGAAGAGACACUUUGUCCAGUCGGCCAAGGAGGUUGCAAACAGCACAGCCAACCUGGUUAAAACAAUCAAGGCCCUAGAUGGUGACUUCUCAGAAGACAACCGGACGAAGUGCCGAAUUGCAACCGCUCCGCUGAUCGAAGCCGUGGAAAACCUGACGGCCUUUGCCUCGAACCCGGAGUUUGUCAGCAUUCCAGCCCAGAUUAGUGCCGAGGGCUCUCGUGCGCAGGAGCCCAUUCUCACCUCCGCCAAGACCAUGCUGGAGAGCUCCUCCUCGCUGAUCAAAACCGCCCGCUCGUUGGCCAUCAAUCCAAAGGACCCUCCCACCUGGUCUGUUCUCGCCGGGCACUCGCACACCGUGUCCGACUCUAUCAAGAGCCUCAUCACUUCCAUUCGAGACAAAGCCCCAGGCCAGAGGGAGUGCGACUACUCCAUUGAUGGGAUCAACAGAUGUGUCCGGGACAUCGAACAAGCCUCCCUGGCGUCCGUCAGUCAGAAUUUGGCCACGAGGGACGACAUUUCUGUGGAGGCCUUGCAGGAACAGCUGACAUCUGUCGUCCAAGAAAUUGGGCAUCUCAUAGAUCCCAUCGCCACAGCGGCUCGGGGAGAAGCUGCUCAGCUCGGGCACAAGGUGACACAGCUAGCAAGCUAUUUCGAACCACUGGUUCUGGCAGCUGUCGGGGUGGUCUCCAAACUGAUGAAUCACCAACAACAAAUGACGUUAUUGGACCAGACCAAGACACUGGCUGAAUCCGCACUCCAGAUGCUCUAUGCAGCCAAGGAAGGAGGAGGGAAUCCCAAGGCUUCUCACACCCACGAUGCCAUCACGGAAGCUGCUCAGCUGAUGAAGGAAGCUGUGGAUGACAUCAUGGUGACCUUGAACGAAGCCGCCAGCGAAGUGGGGAUGGUGGGGAACAUGGUGGACUCCAUAGCCGAGGCCAUGAGCAAGCUGGAUGAGGGCACACCGCCAGAGCCCAAGGGAACCUUUGUCGAUUAUCAGACCACCGUGGUCAAGUACUCGAAAGCCAUUGCCGUCACAGCCCAAGAAAUGAUGACCAAGUCGGUUACCAAUCCAGAAGAGCUCGGAGGGCUCGCUUCACAAAUGACCACCGACUACGGGCAUUUGGCGUUCCAGGGGCGGAUGGCCGCUGCCACCGCGGAGCCGGAGGAGAUAGGCUUCCAGAUCAAGACCCGAGUCCAGGAACUGGGGCACAGCUGCAUCUUUUUGGUCCAGAAGGCUGGUGCUUUGCAGAUCUGCCCCACGGACGGUUACACGAAAAGGGAGUUGAUCGAAUGUGCUCGUGCGGUCAGCGAAAAGGUGUCCGUAGUGCUCUCCGCCCUUCAGGCCGGGAACAAAGGCACGCAGGCCUGCAUCACCGCCGCUAGCGCCGUGUCGGGGAUCAUCGCAGACUUGGACACCACCAUCAUGUUUGCCACGGCCGGAACACUGAAUGCUGAAAAUAACGAGUCCUUUGCUGACCACAGGGAAAAUAUUCUAAAGACAGCAAAAGCUUUGGUGGAAGACACAAAGCUCUUGGUAUCUGGGGCUGCCUCAAGCCAGGACAAGUUGGCGCAAGCAGCCCAGUCGUCGGCCAGCACCAUCACUCAGCUAGCAGAGGUGGUGAAGCUGGGAGCCGCCAGCUUAGGGUCUGAUGACCCUGAAACACAGGUCGUGCUGAUCAACGCCAUUAAGGAUGUUGCGAAAGCUUUGUCCGAUCUCAUCGGGGCCACCAAAGGAGCCGCCAGCAAGCCAGCAGACGACCCGUCCAUGUACCAGCUCAAGGGAGCCGCCAAGGUGAUGGUGACGAACGUCACGUCCCUUCUGAAGACGGUGAAAGCCGUAGAAGAUGAAGCCACGCGAGGGACGAGAGCUCUCGAAGCCACGAUCGAGUACAUCAAGCAGGAGCUUGCGGUGUUCCAGUCGAAGGAGGUUCCUGAAAAGACCUCCUCGCCUGAAGAAUCGAUCCGGAUGACGAAGGGCAUCACCAUGGCAACGGCCAAAGCUGUGGCAGCUGGGAACUCCUGCCGGCAGGAGGACGUGAUCGCCACGGCCAACCUGAGCCGCAAAGCAGUCGCUGACAUGCUGACGGCUUGCAAGCAAGCUUCGUACCACCAUGACGUCGGCGAGGAUGUUCGUGCAAGAGCCUUGCGCUACGGGACAGAGUGCACCCUGGGAUACCUAGAGCUCCUGGAACAUGUUCUCACGAUUCUCCAGAAGCCCACCCCAGAGCUGAAGCAACCGUUGGCUUCCUUGUCAAAACGGGUCGCUGGGGCAGUCACGGAGCUCAUACAGUCCACCGAAGCAAUGAAAGGAACCGAAUGGGUUGAUCCAGAGGACCCCACGGUUAUUGCCGAGACGGAGCUGCUGGGGGCUGCAGCCUCAAUCGAAGCUGCGGCAAAGAAGCUGGAGCAGCUAAAGCCCAGAGCCAAGCCAAAGCAGGCGGAUGAGACUCUGGACUUUGAAGAACAGAUUCUGGAAGCAGCUAAAUCCAUCGCAGCCGCUACCAGCGCCCUCGUCAAGUCAGCAUCUGCCGCUCAGAGGGAGUUGGUGGCUCAGGGAAAGGUCGGGGCGAUCCCUGCCAAUGCGGCUGACGAUGGGCAGUGGUCCCAAGGACUCAUUUCUGCGGCCCGAAUGGUAGCAGCUGCGACCAGCAACCUGUGUGAAGCCGCCAACGCUUCAGUCCAAGGCCAUGCCAGCGAGGAAAAACUGAUCUCGUCUGCCAAGCAAGUGGCAGCUUCUACCGCCCAACUGCUUGUGGCUUGCAAAGUGAAGGCCGAUCAAGACUCGGAGGCUAUGAGGAGGCUCCAGGCGGCAGGCAAUGCUGUAAAACGAGCAUCCGACAACCUGGUUAGGGCAGCCCAGAAGGCGGCGUUUGGUAAAGCGGACGAUGACGACGUGGUGGUCAAAACCAAAUUUGUGGGCGGCAUCGCACAGAUCAUCGCAGCCCAAGAGGAGAUGCUGAAGAAGGAACGUGAGCUGGAGGAGGCCAGGAAGAAGUUGGCCCAGAUUCGUCAGCAGCAGUACAAAUUUCUCCCUACUGAAUUGCGGGAAGAUGAGGGCUAAACUGUCAAUGAAGGUUUCUUGAAGGAAAUGAGCUGGAGGGGCAUGCUCUAGACAAACUCGGCCAAGCACUUGCCUGAAUAGGUUUGGGGCGACGAAGGCACAGCCCGCGGGCUCUUCUUGACUCUUCCGCUGAGGAGCUUCGGCCCGCCAACUGAUGGUACAGUGUUGAGGUCACCCGUCCCCUUCCUCUCUUUGAUGCGUCUCAGGAGAGAGAGCCUCACUUUUCUACAAAGGGGUUAUAAAGUCAGUAUUAUAUCAUAACCUGAAGUUUGACCUAUUUAUUACUCUGUUUGACCUGUGUUAAGGACUUUGGUAUUAUAUAAUACGUAGGAACCCAGUGUAAAGAAGUCAGUGUCUCAAAUAAGCUACCCAAAUGGCAGGAGGGCCCCGGCAGCAGGGGGGAGGGGGAGGGGGAGGUAACCAUUUCUCUCUUUCCUUCCAAGACCAAGGUUGAGGCAGCUGUAGUAUUUGCAAGAACCAGACGUAUGAAUGUGUGGCCUCACCGAGAGCGUUUUGGUCACGUAGUUUUCUCUCCAGUCGGAGGGCCCUUCUCGGUACCUGUUUGCACUAGAAGUAUUCCUUUCAGCACAUCGUCUGUGGUCAUUACCCUGCAAUGUACAGUAUUUGGAGUGGGGGUUGGGGUUGGGGUUUCUGGCCUGUGGUGGGUUUGGGUAGCCAUCCUUUUUGGAGAACGAAUAACCCAAGGAAGAGGAAAUUUUGCGAGUGUGUGUUAAAACUCCAAGUUCAUGAAGGAAAAUGCCUUUUUGUGUUUAUAUACCUCUCACUUAGGUGAUCCAAAAAGUAAAUUCUCAGCAUUAAACUGCAUUACUUCCCCUCUUGUUUACGUGAGAACUGAUUUGUACUGUGGGAUGGGUGAGAAUCCAGGAAAGGUACUUGGCUACUAGAAGAAACCGCAUCAUGUCUUAGAAGAGAGAGACCCACAAAUACUGGGGUGCAGCUCCCAAAUGACAUGUGCAGCUACGCAGUUCCAGCCAAAAUUGCCCAGAGCAGCCACUGGAGUUAUCUGGACAAUCAAGCUGACCCUAGAUUUUUGCGGUGUCUCGGUGGAAAUAGGAAGAAAUCAAGAGGCCUGGUAACAUUUAUCUCCAUUUAUUAUUUCUGUGGUCUCUUUUCUGCCUACAUUUGUGGGCUAUGCAGGGAAAAUCGGAAGCUUCUUUUGUGAACUGUGAAGGAAACUAUCUGGAAAUUGAAAACCUGCACCCUAAAUAGUGCUUUCCAGUACAUAGUAAUUGCAUUGUUAUCUAAAGAGCAGCUUUCCAGAAAAUAAAAAUCUGCUGUUCCAAAGGUACUGUGAUAUUUUUCCUCUGAUACGGCAUAAAUCCUCAGGCAAGGAUGUUGUUUCAUAUACAAAACAAAGGCAGAGUCUGUUGCUUACAUCACAAAACCAUGGAAACUGUUAAGCAAUAAGCUUUUGCCUCGCUGUCCAAAUCUUCAUAAUUAUCCAUCGUAUUCAGACAUUGGCAGUUCUGGAACAAACCUCACAUUCGGCUUGCCGGAAAUUGCUUUGGUUUCCCAUGUCCUCUCUGAAUGCCAAGAAGUCAGUUUCAAAUCGUGUCACUGUGAGUCCCAGCUCUGUAACCUUUGUUGCAGAAGCACAAACCUGCUGGCAAAAUCUCGCAGUGCAUCAGUCAACAUGCCGAGGCCAGCCUGCCCAUAGUGAGAACUUGCAGCUACAAAUUUGGCUCAAUGCUCCAAACUCUUUGCUCCGGCUUCUUUGAUGGGCGGCCGUCAUGACCCAGUUCACACAAGCUGCAAACAACUGCACAUUUCACCUGCCUGUGAGAGAUUGCCUGCGUGAAUGCAUCCUCCUAAAAAAACAAAGUUCCCUUCAUCUAGAAAACUAGCAAACCAGGAAGAAUGCUGGGCUUAGAACUCUUUCACCCUCCUAAAUCAGCCCUUGAUAGGGAGUAUUUUUAGUAAGUGAUGCAAUUGACCUCACCUGCAAUCAGAACAGUACUGGGUUUGUGUAGCAGUUUCUGCCUUCCAAAGUCUGGAAGAUGUCUCAAAGGCAGGAAGUUAGUGGGGCCCAUAAAAGGAGAGAAGUCCUUAUCAAAUCCAUUACCCAGUCCAUUCCAAGUGGGAUCAUAGAUUUUGAACAGAGCUGUAAAGGUGGGGUCUACUUUCCAAUGCCGUGUUGCUAUUUACACAUCCUUGCAUGACAGAUACGUAACAGGAGCUUGUCAGCCAUCCGUCUGAUAGAUAUCUUAACCCUUUCCAUGGCAAAUAAAUGUUGAAGUACCUUUCCUUGUUCGUAUGUCUCUGUCUCUUCUCUGAUGCCAAAGCAAUUCAGAGGCAGUCAGAUUGCAAAUUCUUGACAAAUUCAGAAAAAGCAUUGGCGAAGCUGUUUUUUACUGGCCAGAUCAGACUCCUGUUUGAUAGACUCCGAAGGCUGAGUUUCCGCUGUGCUAAAGCAAUCAAAAAUGAGGUACUGCCACCACAAAGGCGGAACGUGCCAAUCUGCGUACGCGUUUGCAAAUUCAACAGACAUGCCCGAUUCCCCCCGUUUUGUAUAUUUCGUUCUGCAUUUAGUCUUGGGUGUAAUUUGGUUGGCUUUUGGCUUGUUGCUUGGAGAGUAACAAGAUUUUCAAGGCACUGAAAUGCUCCCCCCCGCCUCCUACAAACACUGGAAGGCUUAUCCCAGCCAUCCCUCUGGAUUCAGAGCUUCUGUUUUCAAACAUAUCUUUGCCACACCUAAGGGCUAGAAACUUUUUUUUAAAAUGAAAGCAAUUCUCAGGAAGUUAAAUGCUGCAGCCAGAGCCGCCUUCUGCUGCUUUCUUGCCCUGUCUUGGAAUUAUGACCUGCAUGUGGCCCUGGCUGCACCCCCCCCCCCAAUCGACAUGUUUGCCACAGUGGAAGUGAGACAUCCCGUCCUGCUUUGUAAGGGCAGAGGCUGGGCAUCAUUGUGGUCUGCUAGCCGUGGCAACAAAAAAUCUUACUUGAGUAGGCAAGAUAUUUGACAAAACAACCUUUAUAGAUUUCUUGGUUGGAAAUAUAUUUUAAUACAGCUUGUGUGGACAGGUAUCUCCCCCAUGUGGCAAAAUGGAAAGAUGACCACAGCAAAUGCAGCGUUAGGUUUUUCUGUCAGCCUCGGCAUCGGGCCGUGUUUUAGAAAAGCAAGCUGAGCUGGCCGCCAGGGUGUUUGGGGCAGGAGGGGCAAAGUUUACAUGUCCCCCUCUAUGUGUCACAGCGCUCUUGUGCAGCCCUAAUGAGUUUCAGCGGGGAUUUUGCAGGAUUAUGGAUGGAUUAUGCCCUUCACUCCGAAGUGUUUUGUUCCAACUCAAAAGGGAAUUGAUUGAUAAAGUGAUUUUUGGUGUUUUGCCACCUGUAAGAGAGGGAGAAAGGGAAGGUGGCACAAAAGCUAUCCCAGGUGCCCCAGGAAAUGGCUUUCUCCUUGGGGCUUUGAAGCUCCUAACAGAGGAUCUUAAUGCCUCUUGAGAGAGGAAUGACAUUUGCCUUUUUUAUCUCAUGUGCCAACCCAGGGCUUUUUUUCAGGGGGAAUGUGGUGGGACGGAGUUCCGGCACCUCUUGAAAAUACUCGGCAAUAGUGCUUGAAAAUAAUAUUAUUUCAAAGACUCCCGUGUGUUUCUUCCUCAUUUCCCUCUUGAGAGUUCCACCACCUCUUUUCCCAGAAAAAAACCCCUGUGCCAACCCUUGCACGAAGAACGGUGCCUGUGCCCAGGCCAACUAUUUUGGUCCAUUUCAAAGAAUAAUAAAUUCCUUCGUUACAAACGGUCAGGACUGCUUGUAAUGUGAUUGCUUUCUUUCUUGCAACGAAACCACUACAGACUUUGUCGAACUCUUUGUGUUGGUCACUUGAACUUUGCCGCCGAAGGAUUUCUGAAUGAGACAGGCUCUUCCAUACAACAGCCUCCCGACUGGCACAUGGCAGGGCUUGCCCUGUGCAAGUCUGCUGUUGUUGAAAGACCAAGGGUCUUACAGAAAAGCAUGAGGGGAGUGUGUUCACAUCUUGAUGUUACGCUGUAUGUAUGCUAUUUAUCUGACCCACAAGACUGUUUUGUAUUUACCAUAAAUAAAACUUUUGAAAGAAUGA